AUGUCCUCAUCGGCCGCCAUGAACGAGAUCGUCAUUGGAGUGAGCCCUACGAGCGACCAUUCAAACAUAUCCGAUAGCUGCCAAGGCAACUCAACUAUCAUACAUCGGGGACAAGCUGGCGCCAAUGGCGCAGGUAUGACUUAUGAAGUCAUAGGAACGGUGAAGGCAUCUGGAAAGUCCCGUACGAUGACCUCAUGUUCCAAUG